AAUUUUAGUAGAUUUUCAAGUUGAGAAAACUGGCAAGAUGGAUUUGUGUAAUGAACACUCAGGAUUGGAUACGCUGACGAUGCUCUGUGAAAGGUUACGGUCCGAGAAAUUACUUGUGGCUAGUGAAUUGGACACUCUGCAACGACUUAACGAGGAGGUUGAUAAUGCACAAAGUGAAUUAGCACAUCUAGCCUGGGUAUGCAGGCAAGAACAGACAAUUUUGUCGCGACUGAUCAAUUCCCAUCCGGACGUUCGACCUGAAAAUUGUUGUUUUCUAACUUCCCAGUUCGAAUCCGCCCAUUUUAUCGAUGGAUAUCGUCGUGUCGAUGGACAGCAUUACAGUAGCGUUACGGAAUUAUUGAACUUAUUAUUAAACUCACCGAAUUUAGUUGCUGAAAUAUUACAUGCUGCAGACCAAACGUUGAAGAACACCGAUUCACCGUUUGUUGAGCUGGUUUCAUGUGUCUAUAGUCUUUUAUAUGGAUGUGCAGUUUUCCCGGAAGAUGAACGUCGCGUUCUGGAAGCCCUUUUCCAUCUACUGGAUAUUCAAUUGGCUUCACAUUCCGAUCCACGAUUGUUAUUACGCCGAGGAAAUGUCUCUUUUUGCCAGCUUUAUCGUUUGUUCUCUGAAGGGAUGUAUUCCGCAAAGAUUUUCCUAACAGCAGCUCUGCACGAUCCUGUGAUGUUCGUGUUAUCUCAAGAUGAUGUUUUUUUGGAUAUCGAACCCACAAAAACAUUAAUACGUUUCCCUGCGGAAGAAAGGAGAAGGCGUUUUGGCGAAGAUGAAAAUUCACUUACUUUUUUGCAAAAAUUAACGGCUCAUCGUCGAUAUAUUGAAUCAAAAUUGGUAUCAGUUGCAAACCGGUUUAUCCGAGCAAUAACAGAUGCCAUGUCUUGCUUUCCUCAAAGCUUGGGUUGUAUUGUUCGACGACUAUACACUGUUUUAGUUGAUCACAGAAAACUUAGUCGUGAGCAGGCAACGUUGAUUUGUACGGAUUUAAUUUUCACUUACCUUAUUUGUCCUGCUAUUGCAAAUCCUGAAACUCUUGGAGUCAUAUCAGAUACUCCAGUCACCUACAUGGCAAGGUUCAACUUGAUGCAGAUAGGACAGAUUUUGCAGACAUUAGCUGUUGCGCCUUUUGAGUCUCCUUCGACUCAUAUCGCGCAUUUUUAUUCUCAGUUCGAUCAGCGGUCGAUGUCAUGUGUAGUGCAGCUUGUUCUUACAACGCAUGGUGAAUCAAUAGAAAGCGUAUGCGCGGUCAGUAGCGAAUCACCACCCCAAGUUAUUGAACAAUUUGUCCGACGCAUGUUCGUAGGUACGGUUGCAGAAUUGGACUCUUUGAUUAGUGCUGUUCGUUGUUUUGCAAUUAGUCCUAUGGGUGAUGAGUCGCUGCGACGGGCAUUAACUGCAAUAUUACGACGAUUACCAAUGAAACUUGCGCGGGGUGAUGUAUCAAAUGUUGAGAGAAGUCAAUCGAACGACCGAAAUUCGGAUCUUUUUUUCACCGAUGCUAAGACAUUAGAUUCAGUUCAAAGUGGUGAUCAGAAAGGUUUGCGAUCUAAACAUUGCAAGUUCACGGAGUCUGCUGAAUCUGACCGUUUUCAAACAGGCAAUACUGAGGUACUUAUAUUUCCCCUUGGUGAAGGUAGAGAACCAUUGGGAAUGUGUUCUGAAGAGAAAUUCAUGGAAUCAGUUCGAAAUCCGCAGCGAGUACGAAAACAUAAAACAUCGGAUGAAUCAGCUGAAAAGCGGACUCGUUUUGUUGAUACUGAAAGCAUUGAUCGUACCACUGAUGGUGGGAGCGAUGACGAAGAAGCAGCAAGUUUAUCCUCUUCUAUCGAAGGUAACGCUGAUGGUAUGGAUGAUGAUGCUGAGGAUGUAUCAACUUUACCGGAUAAUUUCAGUGAUGUUAUUCCUAGUAGUGCAAAUGUUUCCGGUCGUGGUUCACCAAGCAUCAGUGAUCCGGCUUCUAAUCGGGGUGGUUCACGCUCAGCUCGGUCAGCUGCGCCGUCAAAUGGCGAAAAUGCUAAUAAUGCAAUACAAGAAAAUAAUAAUGCUCGCCAACAUAAUCUUCCGAAUUUACCAAUUGCCGUUCGUCGUGAAAAUACUGAAGGUCUCGAAGAAAAGUUCGGGAAAUUUUGCUUGCCUUCGCAAAGCGAUAGUCGUCACAAAUAUCGUGAUGAAACACAUUCACUUGUCAGUGAAAGCUGGUCCACUGAUGUUCUACCAUCAGAUACGGAGGGUUUCGGUUUUGAUACUAGACAAGAAGGAGACAACAUUAUGCCUACGGUUGCUCCUCCUGUGCUACCGGCAGUUGUUGAAGUUGGUGAACCUCGGAACGGAAGUAGGCCAAGCAGGAUGGGUUCACAACGAUUUGCCACUGGCAAUGCAAUUGCAUCUUUAACUGUAGCAGGUAACGGCGAAGAUCGAAGUGAUACAUGGUCUGUAGAUGCAGUAGCCAGUGAUUCUGAGGCAGAUCCUGUCCAAAGGAACGAUGACUUAUUAAUGAUUGAUGAUCCUGAUAGUGUCGAUGUUACAUCUGUUGUUAGUGGUAGUGCAAACGUAACAGUGUUAGCUUCUGCUUGCAGCGAAAGCAACAUGACAGGAGGUAGUAACGCCAUUGUUCAAACAACACAUAUCCAAAAUAAAGCUUCUCGAGGAAACAAUUUCUCAUUUCAGCAUAUCGCCAAAAAGUCGGUGCCCAUGCCAUCGACUGAUGCGUCAAUCUUUCGUGAAUUGAACCAAGUAAACCUGGUGGCUUCAUCAUCAAGCAGUCAUGGUCGUGAACGUCUUAGACGUCAAUCCAGUGGGAGUUCCUUCUAUUCAAAAUCUGAUGUUGACUCUGAAUUUUCUAAGGAUCUUAAUGAUGACGCACUUUCGUCACUGCCCGGCGAUUACACUCCGUCUUUUCGCAACAGUAUAGGUGAACUUGUGCUGACCAGUCCAGCUGCUUCAGUAAUGGCAACAGCUGGUUCCUUCUGUAAUGAUGACAUAGAAGCAGGGUCAAACGUUAUUCCGGUCAAUGAUGAUUUAAUGAAUUCGUCAAAAAAUGAUGUCACCACAACAAAUACGCGAAAAGCUGAAAAGUGUAAUGAAUAUGAAGAACAUACAGUGAUGAGAAAAACCGAACACAACAACGAAGAUAAAAUAGAUGAGGAGGCUAUAAAAGCAAAUUGGGCUAAUAAUGGAGUCAUGCCAAAAACAUAUCGUGUCCCUUCUGUAACUUCUCGUCUGCGACCUCAGAAUGAAGAUAUUGAAAGAAAUGAAAGUCCACUGAUGCGAAAAAAAAUGAAUAUAUUACACGGUUUACAUAAAGUGGGCGAAUCACUGAAAAUGAGAAAAGGUGCUGUGGUUAGUUCACUUCGUCAAUCAUUAUCUCAAGCUACAGCAAUAAAUGAAGUCACAUCUUUGAAAGGCACAAAUGAAAAAGAUUCCUCUACGGCGUCUUUUGGUAUAGGAGUCGGUCGAUUUGCCGAAAGUCGUUCCCUUGAUGAAUUGAAUAUCACUGUCGAUUUAAGCAAGCGAACAGCAAAUGAAAUCCUCGAUAAAUAUAAAGGAAAAGCAGUUCCUUUAUAUACAGUUCAAGGAAAUGAUCAGUUUCUGGACGAAAAUAAUCAGCAAAAGGAGAAAGCUAGUAAGACACUUGAAGAUUCAGAAUUGUAUUACGAUCCUAAUAAUCUGAUUCAGUGUCGUGCUUUUGUUGAUGUGAAGCGAAAAUUACGCUUGGUGCUGAGUUCAGUAGCUUCGUUGCCUGGAAUAUCUUCUGUUGGAGGUGGAAGCAUUUUACGCAGACCUAAAUUGAGGAUGAGUGUAAAGAAUGAUGCACGGCAGCUGACAGAAUUUCUACAGAUCCUGUUGGCCGAAAGCAUCAAUGGGCAAGAUAAGACUCUCUGUGCACAAAUUCGUGAAGUUAUGCGCUGCUUAGUCGCAUUCGAUGACAGAGCAGUUAGGAAACUGUUAAGAGCUCUGAAGGGCGAGCACCGAAAACGGACGGCAUAUAUGCUUUAUUUACAGCAGUCUCGUCUUAAUCUACUUCAGCUGCGCUCUAAUCUAGAAAAACUAUCCAUCCGUCUUCAAAGAGAGAAGCUGCUGAUUGGUGAGUGCUUAGUAGACAUGCUUGUUCGAUUUUAUCUGGAAGAGCGUGACUUACAGCUACGAAGGUUUAUUGCUGAAUUUCAGACUCUAAAAGCUCAGGAUGAAAGAACGGAUGUAAUGGAGCGUGCUUUGAAUUCAUUAUAUGAAUGCUUACCGCGUGAGAAAAUGUGGCGCUUUGCAAAUGCAGAAAGAAUCUCAUUUGUAAAAAAGAGUGUUGAACGUUCAUUAAUGGCUCAGCUCUACGUUUAUGCACUUUAUCCAAAUGGUGAAGCCGAUCAAAGUCGGGACAGUGUUUUCCACAAAUCAGUACAAAAAUUAGCAGCAGAGAUCACUCCCGACCACCCUCAGUUGCGUAUAUCAGUGAGAUUACGUGGCGAAUGUCCAUGGCCAUCAGCGCAAGCAGAGAUAGGAAUUAUAAAUGCAUACAAGUCACCGCGAGAUAAGAUGGCUUGUAUUAUUAGAUGUUGUGAAACGAUCGAAAAUCUUAUUAUCCUGUCAUCCGAAAGAGGAGCCGCUUCGGCAGAUGAUAUUACUCCUGUACUUGUUUACGUUCUUAUUCAGGCAAAUCCGUUGGCUCUACUAUCUAAUAUCCAGUAUAUUGGUGCAUUUUAUGCAAAUCAAAUAGCAGGCAUAGAAGCAUACUGGUGGACUCAGUUCACUAGUGCAAUAGAAUUCAUUAAAACAUUGUUAAGUCAGAAUCUGUGAGAUAAUAAUGACUGCGAAACUCUUUGCAAUAUUAAAUUUCCGCAACUUCUGCAUUUUGAUGUUUCAUUUGUUUCGGCUCAUUUAGACCUGUUUCAUUAUGUUAUGAUUCUUAUAUACAUCGUAUAUUCACACACAGUUUAAUUAUUUUUCAUUAUUUAUCUUGCCACAAUGUAAUCAAUGGCCUUGUUAUUAAAAGUGUGAUUUUUCAACAGUGUAGCUUUAAUUUGCUCUUUAAUAAGUACGCUUCUUUGAAUUUGUUUAAUAGUUUUGAUUCUGGGUCUACUUUGUCCUGUUAAGGCGACAACAUGAUUUUGAUAAGAGUCAUGCUUAUUUAUCGAAACUGAGUUUUUUAAUGUUUUCAUAUUUUUUAACCUUUGCAUAUGUUCGUUCGGCAUCAUUCAAACUUCGAAAUUUGUAGCUUAGUGAAAUCAAGCAAUUUGAACGUUUGUAUGUUUCCACCAUUAAGUCCAGAUCAUUUAUAGCCACUCUGUGAAUUAAUUUAUUGGCUGUGAAUGAGUGACUAUGUUUGCUGCUUGCAGUAAUUUGUUCACGACGAUUUUAUAUAAUUUAUCUCUCCUUUCAAAUAAAACCUGGUAUGUCUGGCUCUAGUUUAUAGAAAUUUUGCAUAAUUUAUCUCUCCUUUUAAAUAAAAGCUGUUAUAUCUGACCCUAAUUUAUAGAAAUUUCGCGUUAUUGAUAAAAAUUUGACUUUUUUUGUGCGAAAAUACCUGCUGAAAGAUCAAAUGUAGCAAAUACGAAAUUAUGUCAUACUUUGUAAAUUGAUUUAAGCGCUUUUUCCUGUUAACGAGAAUUGUCAAUUUAGCACGGAUAUGUCGUGUUGUUGAUGUAUUUGACCGUAUGCUUGUAUUUGGCCAGUAAAUUAUCUCUUGC